UAGUCGUCAAACCGAUAUGCAGGAUGAUGAAGAAGUACCCAAUUUCAUUUUUCUUAAAUUCUAACCUUUUUCCAGAACGAUAGAAGACGAAAUUAAUUAAAGACUUUUGGCGAUCAUUUGUCCGAGGCUAACCCGCUGAACAACGCGAACAAAGUUAUGAAAAGUAACAGGUUCAAUAGGGUAAAAGUCAUGUAAAAGUCACAUAUAUUUCUUUAUAAACAAAACAAAGAAAGAGUUCCCAGCCUUAAGAGAAAAAUUAAUUUUUCGUUAAAAACUUUACAAAGAAUCGACAGCAAGUAAUAACUUGAGAACGGGGUAAUCCCUCUACAAUGGACAACAUUCUAAUUUCCAACUGCUCAACAACAACAGGUAGUAUGCUAAAAAUAUGUUGAAAUUAGCAGUUCAAGUUCUUCUACUCUAUGUCCCUAGUGUUGUUCCUCAGACCAGGUCAAUUAAUGUCAUGUUUGUAAAUGAUGUUAGAAAUGAACUAGCUGAUCUAUCAUUCCAAGUGGCCUUAGAAUAUGUAAAAAGAAACCGAAAACUAGGUGUGCACGUUGAAGGCAUUACAAAAGUUGUUACAGAAGGCUCAGAUGCAAAGGCGAUUCUUGAAGAUUUAUGUCACAAAUUAAAUGAAUCGUCCGCAGAGGGUAAAUUCCCCCAUCUUAUACUCGACACGACAAUGACUGGUGUUACUUCGGAAUCUGUGAAAACAUUCACAGCAGCUUUGAAUUUACCAACAAUUAGUGGUUCUUUUGGGCAAGCAGGAGAUUUAAGGCAAUGGAGACAUUUGGAAAGCGAGCAGUUAAAGAACCUAAUACAAAUUAAUCCCCCAGCAGACAUUAUACCAGAGAUAAUCAGAAAUAUCAUUCAGAUCCAGAAUAUCACUAAUGCAGGGAUUUUGUAUGAUGACAGCUUUACAAUGGAACAUAAGUACAAGUCGCUUUUAUUAAAUAUGCCAACAAGGCACAUAAUAGCUGAUAUUAGUGAUGCGCGAUCUGUCAGACAACAAUUGAAUAGAUUUCGUGAAUUAGAUAUUAUGAAUUUCUUCAUUCUUGGCAGACUGGCAAUGGUAAAAUCUGUUUUGGAAAUUGCUAACAUUCUAAAAGUUUUUGGAAAGAAAUAUGCAUGGCAUGCCAUUACACAAGAUAAAGGGAAUUUAAUUUGUGCCUGCAAUAACGCAACAAUCCUCCAUGUUAAGCCUGAGCCUGACCCAGAGAGUAAAGAAAGGCUUGAUAACUUGAGAACUUCCUUUAAUUUGGUCGCUGAACCUGAAAUUACUUCUGUUUUUUACUUUGAUUUAUUUUUACAUGCUUUUCUUGCAAUCAGUACAGAGGUCGACAGAAACUGGCCUAAAGACUAUAAUAAAACAAGUUGUGAAAAUUACAGAGAAGAGGCCUUGAGUGGUUGGAAAACUAUUGAUUUGAGAACAGCUUUGAAAUCGGUCCAAGAACCAUAUACAUAUGCUCCAUUUGUAGUAGAAUCCAAUGGAUUGAGCUAUCCAGAAUUUAACAUGAGACUGGAAAAGGUAAGUAUUGUGCAUUCACUUUCUGAGAGUGCGGAGUCAAUUGGAACCUGGAAAGCUGGAUUUAAUUCACAGAUACAACUAAAAGACAGUAAUGGCAUGAUCAACAUUUCGGCUAUUACAGUCUACAGAAUUGUAACAGUGAAGCAAAAACCUUUCAUUAUCGAAUACUUUGAAGAUGGAAAGACUAAGUACAAGGGAUACUGUAUUGACUUAAUUGAAGAGAUAAGAUCUAUGAUCCCAUUUGAGUAUGACAUAUACGUCGCUCCUGAUAAUUCUUUUGGCAACAUGGAUGAAAAUGGAAACUGGAAUGGAAUGAUAAAAGAACUCAUUGAAAAAAGAGCUGAAAUAGCCCUUGGUUCAUUGUCAGUUAUGGCAGAGAGAGAAAACGUUGUUGAUUUCACCGUUCCAUACUAUGAUUUAGUGGGAAUAACGAUUCUCAUGAAAAAACCAACCACAACCACUUCACUGUUUAAAUUUUUAACUGUUCUGGAAAAUGAAGUAUGGCUUUGCAUAUUAGCAGCAUAUUUCUUUACCAGUUUCUUGAUGUGGGUGUUUGACCGAUGGUCACCUUACAGUUACCAGAACAAUAGAGAGAAAUAUAAAGAUGAUGAGGAAAAAAGAGAAUUCAAUCUUAAAGAAUGUUUAUGGUUUUGUAUGACUUCUCUCACCCCACAGGGUGGUGGUGAAGCACCAAAAAACCUUUCUGGACGAUUAGUCGCCGCCACAUGGUGGUUAUUUGGUUUCAUCAUAAUCGCUUCAUACACUGCAAACCUAGCCGCUUUUUUAACUGUAUCAAGAUUGGAUACUCCAAUUGAAUCACUUGAUGAUCUGGCAAAACAAUACAAAAUCAGAUAUGCGCCUGUAAAUGGUUCAGCUGCAAUGACUUACUUUGAGAGGAUGGCAAGCAUUGAAGAAAAAUUUUAUGAGAUUUGGAAAGAUAUGUCUUUAAAUGAUUCAUUAAACGAAGUAGAAAGGGCAAAGCUUGCUGUCUGGGACUAUCCUGUAAGUGAUAAAUACACUAAGAUGUGGCAAGCUAUGAAAGAAGCUGUUCUUCCAACAUCACUGGAUGAUGCUGUACAGAGAGUUAUGGAUUCAAGCUCUUCCGGCGAGGGAUUUGCCUUUCUUGGUGAUGCUACAGACAUUAAGUACAAAGUAAUGACAAGCUGUGAUUUUCAAGUUGUUGGGGAUGAGUUUUCAAGGAAGCCAUAUGCCAUUGCAGUUCAACAAGGGUCACCGCUAAAAGAUCAAUUUAAUAAUGCUAUACUUCAACUUUUAAACAAGAGAAAAUUAGAAAAACUGAAAGAAAAAUGGUGGACUGACAAUCCAGAACGUGUAGAAUGUGAAAAACAAGAAGAACAAAGUGAUGGCAUCAGUAUUCACAAUAUAGGUGGAGUAUUUAUUGUAAUUUUUGUUGGGAUCGCAUUAGCUUGCAUAACUCUGGGAUUUGAAUAUUGGUGGUACAAGUUCAAAAAGCCUGCUGUUGAUGUGCAGCAAGGUGCUGUAAUGGUGGGAAAACAAACAAAAACUGGUGCUGGUGGUGGAAUUGACAAACUCAGCAUUACAGGGCUGGCUGACUACACUUCUCAGCCUUAUUACAGACCAAAAUUUCAUGCAAGAAGAACACAAUAUCGAUAACUCCAAAAAUUGAGGUGAAAACUUAGAAUGGAAAUGCUAACUUGAUAGUCUACAAUAACUAUCACAAAUUUUGGAAGUAGACCUUGUGAAUUUCGUCAUAAUAAAGAGCACUUGUUUUUUCAGUAUUUUA